AACUUGUAAGAAGAAGAAAAAAAGGAAAAAAGAAAAAAUCUUACGCCCUAAUCUGUGUCCGAUUUUAUCAAUCACAGACUCAAAGGUGUGCAGUUAUUAUUAUUAUUAUCUACAUAUUUUUGCAAAGCUGCUUCAUCUGUAUUAUUACGCAGAUCAGAUUCAGGUCCUUAUCACCAAGAUCCAACAACUUCUCAACCACAACGAGUUGCUAUUUCCUUCGAUUCACGAACCCAGAAAAUUAAAGAAUUAAAAAAGAUAUCGAGUAUCAAAAACGGCAUCUGGAAAACAUGUCUCAAUACCAUGGUGAUGAAAUGGAGUAUGCGGCAGACGAUAAUGAAAUGGCAGAGGUAGAAGAGGAUAUGUAUUUCCGUGGCAGAGCAUUUGGUGAAUCAGAUUCAGAUGAUGACGACGACUACGAAUAUGACCCUUUGGAAAACCGAAUAUCAGAUACCACUGCUGCUGAAGCUAGGAGGGGGAAGGAUAUCCAAGGUAUACCUUGGGAUAGGUUGAGCAUUAGUCGUGAGAAAUAUAGACAAACUAGACUAGACCAGUACAAGAAUUAUGAAAACAUACCACAAUCAGGGGAAAUGUCAGAGAAGGAAUGCAAAGCAACAGAUAAAGGGGGGAAAUAUUAUGAUUUCUGGCAAAACACUAGAUCUGUGAAGUCAACAAUACUUCAUUUCCAAUUGAGGAAUUUGGUUUGGUCAACAUCAAAACAUGAUGUAUAUCUUGUUUCAAAUUACUCCAUUGUUCACUGGUCUUCAUUAACUUCCAAGAGAUCUGAAGUCUUGAAUGUAUCAGGGCAUGUAGCUCCAUGUGAGAAACAUCCUGGAAGCCUCUUGGAAGGUUUUACUCAGACACAAAUUAGUACACUGGCUGUACGAGAUAACUUGUUGAUUGCUGGAGGGUUUCAAGGAGAACUUAUUUGCAAGUACUUAGACAGGCCAGGGGUUAGUUUUUGUACCCGAACUACGUAUGAGGACAAUGCAAUCACAAAUGCUGUGGAGAUUUAUGAGCACCCAAGUGGAGCUGUUCAUUUCAUGGCUUCAAACAAUGACUCUGGAGUUAGAGACUUUGAUAUGGAGAGAUUUCAGCUUUCGAAGCAUUUCUGCUUUCCUUGGCCAGUAAAUCAUACUUCAUUGAGCCCUGAUGGGAAACUAGUUGUUAUUGUUGGAGACUACCCAGAAGGGUUACUGGUGGAUUCUCAAACAGGAAAGACUAUCACACCUUUUCGUGGACACUUGGAUUUCUCAUUUGCAUCUGCAUGGCAUCCUGAUGGCCACAUAUUUGCUACUGGGAACCAAGACAAAACAUGUCGUGUUUGGGAUGUUCGGAACUUGUCAAAAUCCGUUGCUGUUCUUAAAGGCAAUCUUGGAGCUAUACGCUCAAUACGUUUCACAUCUGAUGGACAGUUCAUGGCGAUGGCCGAGCCAGCUGACUUUGUGCAUGUGUAUGACGCAAAGCAUGGAUUUGAGAAGGAGCAAGAGAUUGAUUUUUUUGGGGAGAUCUCUGGUGUAUCCUUUAGCCCUGAUACAGAAUCACUCUUUAUUGGUGUUUGGGACCGCACCUAUGGAAGCCUUCUACAGCUCAAUCGACGCAGAAAUUACAUGUAUCUUGACUGCUUGUAAAUUUGUAACCUUACACCUUGUAAGUACCAACAGCUUAUGUUGUGUUGUCUAGUGUUUAGGAAUUGUACCAUCAUAGAAAAACCGGUGGAUUGCCUCAUCAUACAUUGUAGAGCAUGGCUUGAGGAUGCUACAGUUGUUUGAUGUACACCUUCAUGCUAAAUAACAUUGACUGCCAAUGUCUGUUUUAAUCUUUCCGAAGGUAAUAAUGUGAAGGAUGUUUGUACAGAGGUCUAUAAUGCAAUGCUUUACCCUCAUCUUUUACUGCA